CCCAGCGUCGGCUCCCCGGCUGGCGGCUCGGGCCCUCCCACUCUCCCCCGCGCCGCCUCACGGCCCCGGCCCUCGCUUCACCCCGACGCCCCGGCUUGCGCCUCCUCCUGCCGGCCUGCAGGCCCGCGGCCUCCGCCUGCUUCCCCGCCGCUGCUUUUCGCGGCCCCGCUCGCGUUCACGCUGACUCCCGGGCCGGCGCGGCCGCGGGCAACCGCUCCCCCUCCCACACCUACCCCGCCCCCUCCCCGCCUUUUCCGCCCUCCCGUCCCCCUCCCCCGGCCCGCUGCCGCUGCUCCAGAUGAGGUGAUGGCAACGGCCAACUUCGGCAAGAUCCAGAUUGGGAUUUACGUGGAGAUCAAGCGGAGCGAUGGCCGAAUACAUCAAGCAAUGGUAACAUCUUUAAAUGAAGAUAAUGAAAGUGUAACUGUUGAAUGGAUAGAAAAUGGAGAUACAAAAGGCAAAGAGAUUGACCUGGAGAGCAUCUUUUCACUUAACCCUGAUCUUGUACCUGAUGAAGACAUUGAACCCAGUCCAGAAACACCUCCACCUCCAGCAUCCUCAGCCAAAGUCAACAAAAUUGUAAAGAAUCGACGGACUGUGGCUUCAAUUAAGAAUGAUCCUCCUCCAAGAGAUAAUAGAGUGGUGGGUUCUGCACGUGCACGGCCUAGUCAGCUUCCUGAACAGUCUUCCUCGGCACAACAGAAUGCUCGUAGAAAAUCUAAUUGUGUGAAAGAAGUAGAAAAAUUGCAAGAAAAACGGGAAAAAAGGAGACUGCAACAGCAAGAACUUAGAGAAAAAAGAGCCCAGGAUGUUGAUGCUACAAAUCCAAAUUAUGAAAUUAUGUGUAUGAUCAGAGACUUCAGAGGAAGUUUGGAUUAUAGACCAUUAACAACAGCAGAUCCUAUUGAUGAACAUAGGAUAUGUGUUUGUGUAAGAAAACGACCACUCAAUAAAAAAGAAACUCAAAUGAAAGAUCUUGAUGUAAUCACAAUUCCUAGUAAAGAUGUUGUGAUGGUACAUGAACCAAAACAAAAAGUAGAUUUAACAAGGUACCUAGAAAACCAAACAUUUCGUUUUGAUUAUGCCUUUGAUGACUCAGCUCCUAAUGAAAUGGUUUACAGGUUUACUGCUAGACCACUAGUGGAAACUAUAUUUGAAAGGGGAAUGGCUACAUGCUUUGCUUAUGGGCAGACUGGAAGUGGAAAAACUCAUACUAUGGGUGGUGACUUUUCAGGAAAGAACCAAGAUUGUUCUAAAGGAAUUUAUGCAUUAGCAGCUCGAGAUGUCUUUUUAAUGCUAAAGAAGCCAAACUAUAAGAAGCUGGAACUUCAAGUAUAUGCAACCUUUUUUGAAAUUUAUAGUGGAAAGGUGUUUGACUUGCUAAAUAGGAAAACCAAACUAAGAGUUCUAGAAGAUGGAAAACAGCAGGUUCAAGUGGUGGGAUUACAGGAACGGGAGGUCAAAUGUGUUGAAGAUGUACUAAAACUCAUUGACAUAGGCAACAGUUGCAGAACAUCUGGUCAAACAUCUGCAAAUGCCCAUUCAUCUCGAAGCCAUGCAGUGUUUCAGAUUAUUCUUAGAAGAAAAGGAAAACUACAUGGCAAAUUUUCUCUCAUCGAUUUGGCUGGAAAUGAAAGAGGAGCUGAUACUUCCAGUGCAGACAGGCAAACUAGGCUUGAAGGUGCUGAAAUUAAUAAAAGCCUUUUAGCACUCAAGGAGUGCAUCAGAGCCUUAGGAAGAAAUAAACCUCAUACUCCUUUCCGAGCAAGUAAACUCACUCAGGUGUUAAGAGAUUCAUUCAUAGGUGAAAACUCUCGUACCUGCAUGAUUGCCACAAUCUCUCCAGGAAUGGCAUCCUGUGAAAAUACUCUUAAUACAUUAAGAUAUGCAAAUAGAGUAAAGGAGUUUGGAAUUAGUCCAUCAGACAUUCCCUUCUCACAGGGUAGUGGCAGUCGCCCUGAUCUCUCUCCUUCUUAUGAGUAUGACGACUUUUCUCCUUCAAUUACCAGGGUGAAAGAAUUGACGGUAGACCCAACCGCUGCUGGUGAUGUCCGUCCAGUAAUGCACCAUCCACCAAACCAGAUUGAUGACUUAGAGACACAGUGGGGUGUAGGGAGUUCCCCUCAGAGAGAUGAUCUGAAACUUCUUUGUGAACAAAAUGAAGAAGAAGUUUCUCCACAGUUGUUUACUUUCCAUGAAGCUGUCUCACAAAUGGUAGAAAUGGAAGAACAAGUUGUAGAAGAUCACAGGGCAGUAUUCCAGGAAUCUAUUCGAUGGUUAGAAGAUGAAAAGGCUCUCCUAGAGAUGACUGAAGAAGUAGACUAUGAUGUAGAUUCAUAUGCUACACAACUUGAAGCUAUUCUUGAGCAAAAAAUAGACAUUUUAACUGAGCUGCGGGAUAAAGUAAAAUCUUUUCGUGCCGCUCUACAAGAAGAAGAACAAGCCAGCAAGCAAAUCAAUCCGAAGAGACCCCGUGCCCUUUAAAUUGGCAUUUGCUGCUAAAGGAUCCCCAGAACCCUCACUAUUGUAACAUACAAUGGUUCAGCUGUAAGGGCCAUUUGAAAGUUUGAAAUUAAGUGUCUGUGGAAAAUGUCUUGUCCUUCACCUGAAUGACAUUUCAAUUUUGUGAAACACUCCUUUGUCUAUAAAAUGCUUCUAACCCAGAAGGCACAACCAAGAAUUGGGAUUAGUGAAGCAUUUUGUUUCAUUUACCCAAACAGUGAUUUACUUUUGGAGAUCCUUGCCAAUUUUAUUUUCUAUGUGAUGAAGAUUGCGGACUUGAUCCAGAGGUGGAUGGUAGAGGGAAGCCACAGCAUUUCCUUUUAACUGGGUUCAAUUUUCGUAGCGAGACUGAGCAGUUUUAAAUCCUUUGCGUGCAUGCAUACCUCAUCAGUGAUUGUACAUACCUUGCCCACUCCUAGAGACAGCUGUGCUCACCUCUUCCUGCUUUGUGCCUUGACUAAGGCUAUUAACCCUAAAAUUCUGAAGCACAGCCAAGAUAAAUUACAUUCCUUAUUUGUCAUUGUAAAUUACCUUUGUGUGUACAUUUUUACUGUAUUUGAAACAUUUUUUGUGUGUGACUAGUUAAUUUUGCAGGAUGUGCCAUAUCAUCGAACGGAACUAAAGUCUGUGACAGUGGACAUAGCUGCUGGACCAUUCCAUCUUAUAUGUAAAGAAAUCUGGAAUUAUGAUUUUAAAACCAUAUAACAUGUGAUUAUAAUUUUCUUAGCAUUUUCUUUGUAAAGAACUAAAAUAUAAACUAGUUGGUGUAUAAUAAAAGUAAUGAAAUUCUGAGAAGAGUUUUAUCUUAGGAAAAUACAUAUAUAUGCAGUGUGUGUGCCAGUGUGGUAUUAACAAGACUAAUAGUGCAAUUUGAUCCUUACCGAUACAUUUCUUAAUUUCAAGUGUUCAUUAGCACCCCGAAAUAUACCUUUUCUAUGUACUGUUAAAGGAAAUUGGCUUCUGAUGCAUGAACAUUAUAUGUACACUGAGAGUAGUCCAUAAUAGAAGUUAGUUUAAGCCAAGUGUAGACAGUACAUAACUCCCUUGAAAAAGAAUUAAGCUUAAAGAGUUGACUCUGCCUUAAAAGGCAAAUCGAACCCAAGCUCCAUCCGGUACCAAAUGUGAAAUUUCACCAUUAUUUGGUGAGAAUCACCAAAUUCUCACCAAUAGAUUGGUGUAGGGUAUGCUACUUUUAAAAUAGCAGCACUUAUUUUUACAGAUUGCUACUCCAAGAGAGAAAACUGGCCACUUUUCAUGUAAAUAUUUUGUUGAAAGAUUUAUAUAUCUCUCUAGGAGUUUUCCCUCAGUUCCCAGGAUAAGAGUCCAGGAGUAGAUUACCUACCAAAAAAUCUCCCAAGGAUAUCUUGUUUUGAUUUACUCUAAGGAACUAGCUCAUUCAUAUGGGCCAAAGGGAAGCUAUGAAUAGAGAGUCACAUGAGCCAGAUUCUUUACUUCAUUGUUCAUAAAACCCAGAGGGUAGUUGUGAAAGAUGCUAACACCAUGGUGAAAAGCUCUGUAAACAGAUGGUGAAAUCUGAAACAAAUGUAGAUUUUCACAGUAUACUUAUUAAUAAACCUAUGGAAUGAGUUUUAGAGAUAAUUUACUUCAAUACAAUCACCUUUGUUUUGGAAGGGACUCAGGUUUUCUUGCAGUUGUAAAUGUAUUCUAUUUGUGUUUAUUUCAAAGGGAAGAGGAAGAAUGGAGAACUGUUAUUACUGGCCUUGCAGAGGCUGUUUGAAAACAUAGUUUUUGAGAAUAACCUUCAAAGGGCAAUAAAGACAUGAACUUGCUCAUUUUAAAGCA